AUGAGCGCCGAUCUGGAGGACUCGGGUCCACCAUCUCCAGGACAAGCGUCUAAUGAAGUAGUUUCAAAUCUGUCAGAACGGCGGGAGGAGUACCAGAAGCUUUCUGAGCAGGCUUACUUCGAUCUUAGAGAAAAGAGCAAGUAUUAUGGCGUGCCUAAUUCCUGGCUCAAUACUUUCUUGAAAGGAACCGAAGAAGAAGCCGAGGCUCUGGGACCGAUCGACACUGAAAGCAUACUGGACCACACCAGCUUGUGUAUCGAUCCAUCAAGUAACCCAGAGUUUGUGACCGAACAAAUCUUCAAGAAACUUGUGGAAUGGUAUGGGAUUGAGGGUCCUGUUGUGGAGAGACAACUUUUUAUGGACAAACGAGACGGCCAGCUCAAACUUGAAACGUAUCCGUUAUACAUCGUGCCUCAUCUGCUUUGCAACAACAUUGAUCAAAUUAAUAAGUAUAGGCAUGCUGGUGGCAAGCCGUUUUUAAUAUCUGCGCUAAGUACCGCCAGAGAUCUCAAGAUGGCCAUCAGAAAGCAGUUCGACAUCACCAGAGGAACUACAAGAAUAUGGAAAAUCACGCCAAAUGUGCCUCUGCCUCCCAUUCUCAACGCUAAUGCCCUGUCCAAUAUCUCAGCCAAAACUCUAAUACCUGCAGGUAAAAAACUAGGAUCGGUUCAAUUAGAAGAUCUGAACAUCAAACACCCGGACAUAUUGAUUGAGUUCCAGCAGGAAGAUGGCACGUACACAAUGGACUCGUCUUCCACCAUAUCGCUCGGAUCUGGGCUCACAGGACUAAAUAACUUGGGAAAUACUUGCUACAUGAACUCUGCACUUCAAUGUUUGGUCCACGUUCCUGAGCUGUCCAACUAUUUCCUGUACGAUUUUCACGAGAAGGAGAUCAAUAGAACAAACCCGUUGGGCAAUGACGGUAAAGUUGCCACAGCUUACGCUGGUCUGGUGAAACAUCUAUUUGACAGACGGUUUUCUGGAUCGUCCAGCUCCUUCGCUCCAAGAGAUUUUAAGUACACCAUCGGAUAUUACAACUCAAUGUUUGCAGACUAUCGUCAACAGGAUUCGCAAGAAUUCAUUGCGUUCCUGUUGGAUGGGCUUCACGAGGAUUUGAAUAGGAUUCUCAAGAAACCAUACAUUGAGAAGCCCGAACUGCCUGAUGACAAGGUGAACGAUCAGGCAGAAGUUCGCAUGUUGGCCGAAAAGUGCUGGGAGAUUCACAAAAUGCGGAAUAACUCGGUGGUUAUUGAUCUGUUUGUUGGACAGUACAAGUCCACUCUUGUUUGCCCAGACUGUGGAAAAGUGAGCAUCACAUUUGACCCUUAUAAUGACCUGACGUUGCCAUUGCCUGUUCACAAAAAAUGGACUGGAAAAGUGAGUGUGCUUCUGGAAGAAGGCCGUCCACGUUCUCUUCAAGUUGAACUCACCAAGUCUUCCACUUUUGCAGAUCUCAAGGCCUACGUUGCUGAGAAACUGGAAGUUCCAAUUAAUGAAUUAAUAGCGGUCGAGGUUUUCCAAUCUCAAGUUUACAAAAACUUCGAGGCUAAGGAUUCAGAUAUCAGAUUUUUGCCUAUUUCGGACCUCAUCGGACCAAACUAUGAUGUUUGGUUCCACCAGAUCAAGCACAAACCCGGAGAUCUUGUUGUUCCCGUGUAUAGCAGUCUUGCGGACACCAGAACUUCCAGAGCGUUUGGUAUUCCAUUUUUUGUCACAGUGUCAGAAGAGGAGUGCUAUUCGUUUGACACGAUCAAGGAGAAGUUAGAAAAACGGUAUGAGCAGCUGUCGACAUAUACUUUUGCACAGAACAAGAGUAGGCCAAAGGUCGACAGUGAGACAGAAACAGAAACAGAUGCUGCAAAGGAGAUGAAAUCUGAAUCCGACACUGUCGAUGAGGAUGAGUUCAGAAUCAAGGUGUUUGACACUUCUGACGAAAUCAAGAUUUCUCACCGGUAUGCGGGGGGAAUGUAUGGAUAUUCCAAGUAUGCGUCCGACGAAGAGGAGGACGAUUGUCUCUGGAUUCCACGCACCCACAAUAAUUUCAAAGGACUGCCUGAUUUGUUACCAGACUCGAAGCCAAAGGCGAUGGAGCUUGCUCUUCCAGGAAAGAAUGGUGAAAGCGAAGCCAAUUCUGAAGCUGGCCCUGAGAAUGGAGACGGAGAGAUUGUUGAAGAUGUUCCCCCAUUGGCUUCUUUACUUGACGAUGCAAGCGGAGAUAUGCAAGUGGAUGCUGAAGAAGAGAUCGAUGACAUAGUUAAACCGCUUCUAGUUGAGAAGAACGCCCUGGUUUGUGAAUGGAAUCCGCAAUCGUUUGAUAUCUUUUUUACUGGAAUCGAACAGGACGACAUGGGAGGUAAGGAGACAUGGUCCAAGCCUGAACCCAUUCGGAAUUUGGAAAUUGAGGAAACUAGAAGACAAAUGGCACAGACCAGAAAGAAGAACAUCAGUCUGGAUAGCUGUUUGGAGUUGUUCUCGAAAUCUGAGAUUUUGGGAGAGAACGAUCUGUGGUACUGUCCGAACUGCAAGAAGCACCGACAAGCUACCAAGAAAAUUGAGAUCUGGUCUGUUCCUGACAUUCUGACAAUCCACUUGAAACGGUUUGAGAACACAAAGAGUUUCAGCGACAAGAUCGAUGCAUUGGUGGAAUUCCCUAUUGAAGGACUUGAUUUGACGAAGCACGUUGUGGGAGCCAAUGGCGAAGACCUGAUCUACGACCUGUUUGCAGUGGACAACCAUUUCGGAGGUCUUGGAGGUGGACAUUACACAGCGUACGCAAAGAACUUUGUUGACGGCAAGUGGUACUACUUUGACGAUUCGAGGGUUUCUCCAGCAGACCCUGCUGGUGCUGUUCGUGGGUCGGCGUAUUUAUUAUUUUACAGACGCAGGAGCAGCAAGACGUUGGGAGGCGAGUACUUUGAGCGGCUGAUGCAGAGCAUUGAGCAGGAGAACGCCAAGAAACAGAAGAUCAGCCAGGAGCUGGACAAGAUGGACGGGUCUGACGCAGAGAACAUCGACGAGUCGCCAGAUCCCGGUAUCGAGUCAGCCACCAUGAAGGAGAAUGGAGCUACGAGUUUGACCACCGUGACCACAGACACGGCGUCGGAGGACGCAGACACGAACGGCGAGCUCAAGAGCGAUAGAGGAGACGAGUGCGAGCUAUUCACCACAGACAACUUGAUCAAGCGUCGCAAGAAGAUGCUGGGCAGCGGGCUGGCGGAGUCGUCGAUUGGAUCACCUAUGAGCGACAACGACGACAACCUGUCCACGUACAGCGGGACGGCCAUGGCGCCUGUCAAUAUUAAUGACGAAUUGUAUGACGAGUAUAUUUAG